CGGUAUUCCCUCCAUCGUGCUGCUUGCUGCUUUUGCGUCUCAAAUCUGGCGUCACUGAUCAGGCUACCGUGCGCCAAUUGGCGCCCAUCGUGUUGCGCGUCGCGAAUAUUGUGAUUACCGCCACAGCUCAGCUAGCGGAAGGAGUCUCCGGAGCGGUCGCCGCCGUACAGUCACGUGAUCGCGAUAUAGUGUACAGAAGACAUGGCGGACAAGGAGGAAACCGAGAAGACCAUCGCCGAGGACUUGGUUGUCACCAAGUAUAAAAUGGCCGGCGAGAUCGUAAACCGAGUAUUAAAACAAGUUUUAGAUGGAUGCAUUGUCGACGCUUCUGCAAGAGAAAUAUGCGAAUUUGGUGACAAACUAUUAAUAGAGGAAACUAGUAAAGUUUUUAAAAAAGAGAAAGACCUUAAAAAAGGAAUUGCUUUUCCAACAUGCAUAUCAGUCAACAAUUGUAUCUGUCAUUUCUCUCCCAUUGCCAGCGAACCUGAUCUCAUUCUGAAAGAUAAAGACAUGGUUAAAGUUGAUUUAGGAGCCCAUAUUGAUGGUUUUGUAGCUGUUGUGGCACAUACUAUUGUCAUAGGUUCUUCAACAGAGAAAAAAGUGACAGGCAGAAAGGCGGAUGUAGUUUUAGCAGCACAUUUUGCUUCUCAAGCUGCAUUAAGGCUUUUAAAGCCAGGUACAGAGACUUACACAAUAACGAGUACCGUAGAAAAAUUAUGCGAUAUCUAUAAGUGUAAGCCGAUUGAGGGUAUGUUAAGUCACCAAUUGAAACAAUUCAAGAUUGACGGGGAGAAAACAAUAAUUCAGAAUCCGAACGAUGCACAAAAGAAGGAACAUGAAAAGUACACACUUGAAACUCAUGAGGUAUAUGCAAUGGAUGUACUGGUUAGCACAGGUGAGGGAAUAGGAAGAGAACAGGAUACUCGGGUCACGAUAUACAAAAAGACAGAGGAGACAUAUCAGCUCAAACUGAAGGCGUCUCGCAUGUUCUACUCGGAAGUUUCCCACAAGCAUGGUCUCAUGCCAUUCAAUCUACGCACCUUUGAGGAUGAAAAGAAAGCAAAAAUGGCGGUUGUCGAAUGUGUUAAUCAUAGAUUGAUUGAGCCAUUCCAAGUAUUAUACGAGAAACCAAACGAAUAUGCUGCACAAUUCAAAUUUACAGUACUGUUGAUGCCUAACGGACCUCACAAAAUCACAGGAAUUCCUUUUGACCUCGAUAUUUAUCAGUCCGAUUGUGUCGUGGACGAUCCUGAAUUAAAGAGUCUUCUGUACUCUUCGGCGAAUCCGAAGUCUGCAAAAAAGAAGAAAAAGAAGGCCGAGAAAGCUGUUGGAGACGUCGCUAUGGAAGUCGAUGCCAAGGCCUAACAUUGUCAUUUUAAUCCAUACCAUGACUUACUGACAACGUACACUAUUCCGAUACUUUUUAUUUAACUACUUGAGAGCCAAAAUUGGACACUUUCACGCUCAAUCAAUGUUUCAUCCGGGAAUUGCAUUGACAAGCUGCACAUUGCAACGAUGCUUUGCAUUCCUUUGCCAUCUGUACGAAAUAUCAACCUUUCGACUGAUAAUUAUUCGUAUCGUUUGGAUAUUUUGAUAUAAAAACUUGAGUGUUGAUAGUUAAACGGUUGUGUUGAACGGAAUAUCAACCAUUGAGGAAUCAGCCUGAUGACUACAUACUCCAUUCAUCUGAGGAAAGUGUCGAGUUUUGUCAUUCUGUCGAAAAUCAAAACUUUGUUUUCAAACUUCAUUUUCGACAGAACGAUAAAACUCGAGACUUUCCUCAGAUGAAUGUAGUAUGUCAUCAGGCUGAUUCCUCAAUGAUUGAUACUCCGUUCAACACGUCUGUUCAACACAACCGUUUAACUGUCAACACUUAAGUUUUUAUAUCGAAAUAUCCAAACAAAUAAUUAUCAGUCAAAAGUUUCAAUGUACAAUUUGCCUUGUACACAAAUCAAAUUUUCUGAGUCCAAAAUAAUGGAACGUACACAUCUAGUAGAUGUAUUUUAUGGAGUAUAUUGCAUAUAUAAAGAUUGAUUCAUAAUUCUGAUUUAGCAAUGGAUGCCAUGGAAGAACUUUUCGAUGUUGUUCAUAAUAUAUAACAAUCAGAUAACAUCAUAUAAUAUCAUAUAACACUAUGAAGAUCAUUGGAGGUCAUCGUAGAAGGUCGAUAUGUUUCAAUCGCAAACUGUUGCAAGUAAAACGAAUCACCAAGCAUUUUCGAUUAGUUGAAUCGCAAACGAUUGAUGAUUAUUCGUAUCAAUUCUAACUGUUUGUGAUUGAAGAUUGCAGGUAUGGAGGUGCCACAUCAAAAAGUUUUUUUGUAACUUGACUAAAAGUAUAUCAAUUCUCAAUACUGUAUAUCAAUUGUAUUUAUUGUGAGCUGAAAGUGAUAAAAUUUUACAGAAUAUCUAUUCGAUUUGUAUUUAUUACUUUGGACGAUGUCAGAAAAUUUGGAUAGGUAAAUUAUAUAUUGUAAUUUUGAAAUAUUUACAUGAAAUGCGAUUCACUUUAAUAUUCACUACUGGUUCUGCACUAGCCAAUUUUGUAUCCAGCUCUAUGAGAACUAUACUAUAAGGUUUAACUUGGAAUUGUACAAUUGGAGAAAUGUCCAUUUUGGGACUCUGCAUAAACAAUGAAAUGCCAAUGA